AUGUCCGCUACUUCGACUAUCACCUCCACCACCAGAGAAUCAACUGUUGUGCAUCCUAUUGUAGUACAAUUUAUCGGUCGUCUUGGCACUGAGGUCCCUAACGCACGUCGAAAUGCGCUUGGUUUUGUUUCCCAUGAGACUACGAUUUCGACAUCUGGCUUUGAUCGAACCUCCCCGUACAAUACCGCCAUCCUCUUGACUGCGCCCAAGGGUGCCAUCGAUAAACUUCACCAGGGCGAUGUGUACGCCAUCAGUUGUAAGUUGAUCAGUUCGAACAACCGCAGGCUUGAUGAUCUCUAUUGCGGAACGACUACAAUAUUGAGGAUUGGGAAGAAUGAUUCUAUUGGUGUCGAGUACGAGAAAGAUGUCAUGAACAAGGUCUCGAUGGUGGCUUUGGGGAUUGUAGUGAAGAUGGAGACGGUUCCAAAGGGUGACGGGAAGCGUGGUGGCAAAAUAGUGUUGACUUUGACAUCCGUCGAUUUUGAUCCAAUAGACCAGAGCCCAGUGUGCUGGAUGACGAAGCAUAUCGUUGAACGGUGUCAUCAAUCAGAUAAGUUUCAUUCAUUUUGUAAGGAGGGAGCUGAGGUCCAGAUCGCGGGGUUGAUUGAAGGGUACGAUGAUAAAGAGUGGGCUUGGGAAACCCGGUUACAGGUUUACAACAUAACCCCGUGUAACGAUAGCACACCCAACCCGAACGUCACAGAAAAAGGAAAGAGUGGGGAUGCGUGUGACUCUUCCGUCGCGAAGGUCGCAUGCCAAAAGGAAGACAAGAUGGCCGCAGGGAUCAAUACAAGCCAUAAACGCAAAGCCACCAAGUCGCGCAUUUUAGCCGCACGUUGGAAUAAGCGGGUGAAGGUCAAUGCUGCCCAUCGGGCAAUGCGUCGAGAUCACGGAAUUGAUUAA